CGACUGGCUGGGACCUAUUGGGGUGGGUGGAUUGACUGGAGUGCGAGGCAUUAUCUCCGCCGACCAAUAUGUGGAGUCAGAUCCAAUCCUGGCUCCUGGGCUCCGUUCCGCCUCAAUAUGACGCGGAUGACCUCCUGAUGGGACCUUCGGCUCACCCGCCACCACCAGAUCACCGCGCUCGUCACUCAUCCCAAAGCUCAGCAGACACGGAUCCGAAUGACGCGGGUUUGAGGUGGGAGGAUUUGCCCGUGGCCCUUGAACCUUUGAGUAGCCGUUGGGUAACGGGUCGGAUUACCCGCGAGGAUGCGGACUCUUUCUUGAUUGAUGGGCACUUUUAUUGGCCCAAGACACUCUCACCGAAGAUGAUCCAUGGGCGGGGCCAAGAAGCGUUGGGUGUGGAUUGGCAGGUCCGAGCCCAGGUGGUGGUCAUGCAUGAGCAUGAAGCGCCCAAAGUUCGUCAAGUCUCGGAUGCUUGGCCGCCGAGCUCAUCGCAAGCCACCGAGGAUUGGAUCAUGGGUCCGAGUGAGACGGAGCUUUUGGUGGAGGAUCUGCACGAGAAGCUGGACUUGUUAGAUGCCAGCACGGGCUUGGUCCGCUCUCUGGCGAGUGUCGAGUCGAUUCGAGCCGGUCAGAUCGCCCUCAAUCUGGGAUUAGAUCAUAGUCGGUCCAUCAAUGUCCCCCUAUCAUCGUUGGGCUUGCAUUACGUCCCCUGGACGGGGGAUUUGUUGUCGGUGGAUCUUAACCUGGACCAGGUGGACAUGACUAAGGCCGGAGAUUUACCCAUUCAAGCGGCUCGUCCUUUGCGAACGCUUGAAGGGCCCGGUUCCAUUCAAAGUUACUGGACCAGUGACGAUCGAGGUCUGUUGUCGGGUGAUGUAUUCUUUAACCAAAGCUCAUGUCCAACGUCAUAUCGACCUCGCCGGGGCGACGAGGUUCGGUUUCAGGCCGUGGAAUGCCAGCCGGGUCCAAACAAUAAAUAUGCCAAUUGGCGAGCCCAUCGGGUCGUACCCCAGGUCAACGGCGAUGGACUUCGCGCCAAAAGACUAGUCUUUGAAAAUCUAGCCCAUCCGAGUCAACGCAAAUUUCGUCAAGAACGACUCAAAGCCCAGAAUGGAAUCUUCACCCCCGAUCAACUGGACUUGGGUGCAAUCGAUUCGGGGAAUGUUGUGAAUGUGGAAAUCCCGGUUGAAAAUCGGGGGAAUGUGAAUCAGACUCUCCUUCAGGUGGAAGCCGGUCCAAACGUGGAUCUGAGUGCUUUGGAUCGAUCCUGUCUGCCCAUUGUGGUACCGGAUAAUGGAUCACUAGUGUUGAAAUUGGAGUGCCACGGACGUGUUCUAGGGCGACAGGAACAAUUAAUAUCCCUGCACUUUGACGGGGACUUUUGUGUGGGUACCGAGCUCAAAUUUUGUGUGGGACAUACCAAGAUCAGUGAGAUCAUGCGCGGUGCUAACGUUGUACCGAAUGGGGAACGUUUUCGUCAUCAAUACAAUCGCAAUGGCGAGGCUGCGGGAAUGUGGCAAAAUCAGAGUGGCUACAUUCCUGGGCGAAAAUCGGUAUACAAACCUAAGGCCACUUACAAUAAGAACUACCUACCUCAAUACGAGAUCCCGUCUCAUUUGUGGCGGGAUGUUCUGGAUGCUGGAGGCCAACCCGAGAGGCUCUCGCGUCUAUAUCCUGCCCUCAAUGAUCAGCUAUGCCUGGGGAACUACAAACUCAAGUUCUCGUCCCUCAUCUAUCUGGAAGAGAUUGCAUUGUGGCAACAAAUUCGUCGCUAUGAUCUUCAGGAUGCUGUUCUCUUUCACGCUGGACCUUAUUUGUCCUUGGAAGUCCCGGGCUUGGCGGAAAAGCGACCGAGUCUCAUGAUUGGAGAUAGCGCCGUCCUGAGGCUCGUUCAAAGGGCCCCCGGUAAUGAGAUUUUCUAUGAAGGGUGCAUCCAAGAGGUACGAUCCAAGAGCGUUUUGCUCCUCUUCACCGAACAUUUUCACUCCACAUACGGUGGAGAAGCGUAUGAGGUGUCGUUUCAGUUCAAUCGCUCGGGCUUCCGAAGAAUGCAUCAGGCCGUGGAAAUGGCUCUCGCAACAUCAGGUGCGAACAUCCUGUUUCCUGAAAAGGUUUGUCUCCUUCCUGCGCAAGUGGCGGACCAAUCAUUGAAUGAGAAUGCGCUGAAAGCCAAGCGGAUCAUCCGUCAAAAAGUGUAUCCCUCCUCAUCUGUUUUAAACAUUGAAUCCAACUCAUCCGUGUGUUCACUGCAAUCGAUUUCGGAUCAAUGUGAGGCCUCCUUGUCACUCACGCCGUCGCCAUCUGAGAAGAAAAUAAAGAAAAAGAAACGAUCCUCGGUGGCAGAGCGUCUUUUCGGCCAGAAAAUAUCCACUUCGAUCCCCGAGGUCCAUGAGGUCCAAGAGGUUAACCCGGAUUUUACCCUUCCAGUCGUCAAAGAUCGGCUCGACUUCGACUACCAAAAAUAUGCCGCCAUGAUUACCCGUACUCUCCCCCAUCGAUUUACUGUGCAACCACCACCCAUUCCACAACCGGGGACCUUCCCACCUUACACUGCCCGGAAAAGACGCGGUGCCAAAAGGAGAAAAAAUCCGUGGGUGAAUUCAAACUUGAAUCAGGAGCAAAGAAAAGCCGUUCGACGGAUCCUCUUGGGGGAGGCCAGACCAUUGCCUUACAUUAUUUAUGGGCCACCCGGUACGGGCAAAACCGUCACUCUUGUUGAAGCUAUUCUCCAGAUCUUCUUGAAGCGUCCCGAUUCUCGCAUUCUAGUGGCCACGCCCUCCAACUCUUCGGCCGACUUAGUUGCAGAACGCCUUUGGCUAUCAAAAGUCCUUCAAGUCGGCGAUCUGGCCCGAUUGAACGCUUUUCAGCGAAGCGAAGACUCUAUUCCGGACAAGAUCAAGGCCCUCUGCUUCAAAAGUCAAGACACCACGGUCUUAUCGCGAGUGAUCCGACAUCGGAUCGUCAUCUCCACGUGUAGUUCGGCCGGCGGUCUUUACAAAUUGGGCAUCAGAGGCGGCCAUUUCACUCAUUGCUUUAUUGACGAAGCUGGUCAUUUGACCGAACCCGAGACAAUGAUCGCCUUCGGACUAGUUUCUCAAAGUCAAAAGGCACAGCUUGUUUUGGCGGGAGAUCCCAAGCAGUUGGGUCCAGUUCUUCAAUCCAAACUCGCCAAGAUAUUCGGGCUUGAACAAUCAUUCUUGGAGCGAAUCACUACGGCCAAGAUCUACGCUAGAGACUCUGAAAAAUUCAAGGAUCACGGAGGAUAUGACCCGGUUUUAGUAACGAAACUAGUCCGAAACUACCGCUCUCAUGACGCUAUUAUACAUAUGUCGUCCAAAUUGUUUUACGACUCUGAACUGUCUGCUCAAGGCGAAUUGGCCCUGCGCAAUCGUUUCAUAGGAAUGUCAUUCCUGCCUAAUCCAGACAUCCCGAUCAUUUUCCACGGGAUCAAGGGCUUUAACUGUCAGGAAGGCGAUUGUCCGAGUUGGUUCAACCCUGUGGAAGCCUUUCAAACGUCGAAAUUCGUACGACUUAUGUAUGGUGAAGGCAAAGUGAAUCCAACCGAAUUGGGCGUGAUUGCGCCGUACCGAAAACAAGUGGAAAAAGUGCGGCAUUUGCUCACCAGUCUGGAAUUGGACUUGCCACGGAUUGGUAGCGUGGAAGAGUUCCAGGGUCAAGAGAUGCCUGUAAUCAUCAUUACCACAGUGCGAUCGGCAGACAUGAGCGAUGCGGACGACGGCGUGGAGUUCGAUAUUCUUCAAGGAUUGGGGUUCCUUCAAUCUGAAAAGCGCUUCAAUGUGGCUAUGACUCGAGCGCAAAGUUUACUCAUUGUCCUGGGCGAUCCUCAUUUGUUAGCCUUGGACGAAACGUGGUUCCAAUUUCUUAAGUAUUGUUGCGUCCAACGUGCUUACCAAGGCUGUGAUCUCCCGUUAAGUUUAUGUGACAUUUGAAAUGCGACUAUGAACCCUUUCAACGUUUUGAGCUUGUCAAGCCUAAAAGAAUAUAUUAUUUAGGACCAUUCA